AUUAUUAGGCAUAUGGAGUCUCAAUCACUCGUCACCAGGUUUAAAAUUGAGUUACUACUGCUACAAACAUUUAUCAUUUGUAAUGAUCCUCAUAUUUGGCUCCACACUGACGGCCGACCUUAUAAUAAAUUACAAUGACUUAUCAGUGUUAACCGAUGAUGGCUGCUACAUUGCCGGGAUAUUGGUAAUAAUAUUCAAACUAUACAAAUUUAACAGCGUCCACGAAAGAAUAAAAUUACUCGUCGAUGAGAUCCACAGACCUAUGGAUACCCUCAGCCGAUCACCAGAUCUCGAAGCAAGGAAAUUAAUAAAAAGAACAGCUUUUUUGGAAAACUCAAUGGACAAAUUUUUCAUUGUCCUCGGGUGUUUUCUGGCCGCAGCUCUAACUUUUUUUGUACCCAAACAAGAUGGCGCGCUGCCUAUCCGCGCUGUGUUCCCCUUUGACACUACGGUGGCGCCCAUGCAUGAGCUGGCGUUUGCAGUUCAAGCUUUCAGUAUUUUUUACGGCUUGUUGACAAUCGUUUUUAUGGAUGAACUUAUCAUCACGCUUAUCAUGUGGAUUAAUUGUCAGCUGGUGAUACUGAGAAGAAAUUAUGAGACUUGCGGUAGGAAUAUUGAUAGAUCAGAGAAUGAGGAUAAGUUAUUGAAUUAUACCUUCGUGAUGUUUGAUGAGACCGAUCCUUCGAAACUUGAAGGGAAUUUUGUCGAUAAAUUCAAGUACUGCAUUAAUCAACAUCAGCGGUUGAUUACAGUCGUCGAUCAUCUAAAUGAAAUUUUCAGCUCGAGUAUGUUAAUGCAGCUUUUUGCUAGUUUUUCUAUGAUUUGCUUGACGGGAUUUCAAGCUGUACUGGGUGCUAAUGAAAAGGAACAUAUUUUCAAAUUUAUUAUUUAUCUUGGUGCUGCGUUUUCUCAAUUACUUAACUGGUGUUGGUUUGGUAAUGAACUUCUCCAUAAGAGUGCUUCCUUAACAUAUGGUCAGUGGUCAUCCGGAUGGGAAAACCAUAUAAAUAAAAGUUUAAAACCAUUGAUGAUAAUUUCACUUAUGAGAACACAAAAAAUUUUGCAACUUCAAGCUGGAAACUUCUACAAUAUGUCUUUACAUACAUUUACAGCGGUUUUGAAGAAUUCGUACUCUUUUUUUGCGUUACUUACUAAAGUGACUGA